AUGGUCAUGGCGCAUACGCCUAGGAGAACCGUACAUUGGGCACUGGAGGGCUCGCCCUUUGGCUCUCCGUUCUCAGAAGGCACAUCGAACGAGUCGUUUUCGUCGGGCUCGAGCCUACAAUUCAUCAAUGAUCAGCUUAUAGCCCAUGGAUUCACUCAUGCGCCUGGCCUUUGUCUGGAGAGCCUGUCCAACGCGGAUGCUGAGAAGGUCGUGAAGUGUUUGCUUGCGAUGUUGAGCCAGAGGAUUGAGGAUAUGGCUCGUACGGAGGACUUGACUACGAAACUGAGGACUCUGUCGUAUGAUCACGAGCGACUUAAGAGCAUGCACGCGGAUGCGAAAGAGAGAGCGGCGAAUGCUGAAAGAGACGUUGAAACCUACAAGAGUCGCUUAGCCGCCGUCAACCGUGCUCUUCAAUCGUCCGAAGCCGCUCACAAACAGACCACUGGCGAACUCCAACGAACUCGCUCGACCCUUCAGACAGUACGGGCGACGCACCACGCCGAGAUUAAGAAGAAAGAGAAAGAGAUGGAACGCACGAUCGAGAAGUGGGCAAAGUUGUCCGACUCGCAACUUAAACUGGGUUCCAUUGCCAGCAGUAUGACUAUGCGCUGUGCGAACGGCACCGUUACGGGGGCAGGGAUAAUGGGCAAAGGCAAGGGAUUUCUGGAAGUCGCGCUUGAGCACGCGGAGAAGGCUGCUAAGGAGCUACGAGAGGAGAACUUCAAGUUGAGGCAGAUGGUUCUCGGAACAGUGAACGAGCUGCAAUCGGUCGUGCACCUAGCCAAGACUAUGGUGUCCGAGAAUGACGAAGAGCCCGCGCCGUUGACUAUGACAGCCCUAUUUCCUCUCUCACCUACGGGGGCUGCUAGUGGAAAACUGAACUCUUUACUUGGCGCGUUGAAGGAUUCCUUGAACUUGCUGGCUCGUAGCAGUACUUCAGCCUCUGCAAGUUCCACAUCAAGUACGCAGACCAAAGUGGCCCCCGACGGAGAAGUCGAGAAACUACAAGGUAUAAUUGACGGUCUGAAGGCUGAGCUCGAACAAGCGCGGAUGCAGUCUGCAGAGCAUACAGCCAAGAUCCAGGAGAUGUUCGACCGGUAUGCCGAAGAUGAACGCAUCAAUGGCUCGAUGAAUGCAGACGUCUCAUGCGAGUUGAUGACUGCUCCUCUGAGAGAUGAGGAGAAGGAGAGACUCGAGGACCGGGCCAGGGAGCUCGAGGAGGAGAGAAAGAAGUUUACUGAAGCGACCGUUCGACUUGGGAAAGAGCGAGCUGCUUUGGAGGCCGAGAAACUCAAGCUGCAGGAAGAGAUGCGGUCAUGGCAGGUGGAGAAGAUGUUAUCCGAGCUGCCUCCAACGCCUGCAAGUUCUAUGCCAGCGGCUGCGGUGAAGAAGAGGCCUUCGCCUGAUAUCGUCCUGGAGAAAGAGAAUAUCCCUAUCCAGACUAAGUCACCUCGAAAGGGACUCUCAAAGUCACUGACCAAGUCGCAGCGACAUUCUCCGGUGAAGGCUGCGAUGAGCAUUGCAGUAGGCAAAGGUGCGAGCGCGAAGCGGGUCAGAGUAUCAAGGCGCUCCUCCCUUGGCACUAGUCCGACGAAAUUGGUGCCUGCGUUCGAAACUGAGCUGCUACCACCGCUACCCGCGCCAACGUUCAAGACGAGUUUGACGCCUCCACGAACAUCUGAACCUUUAUUACUCCCAUCGUCCUUCGUGUUGCCGCCUCCUUCUCCUGCCUCUAUUCUCCCUCCUCCCGAUUCGCUGCUAGCGCCACCUUCCUCUAUACCCCCUGUCUCAACGUCGAUACCCUCCGAGAUACCCCAUUCAGAGCACAGCCCUCUUACCCUCGAAGCCUUACAGGCACCCCCAGAUCCAGUAGCCUCUUCUUUCCAACCGAACGACGUUCCUGCUGCAUCCGAGUCUCGCAACCCUAUAUUCCCCCCUGCUACGCCUGCUCGACGCCCCUUCCCUGUCGCAAAGCCUUUCGCCAAUCGCAUGAGCCACGCAUAUUCUCCAGCGAAACCCAGCCCUCUCAGUCGCAUCCUCAUGUUGGCCGACUCGCCAUCAGACCCCGCUCUAUCGCCACCGACACUGGAGGCUCUUGCGGAAGAAGCAGAGGUGGAGGAACUCGAAACGCAGGUUGCACCAGUCCGGGCAGAACCGGCUUUGGCUCUUGCACAAGAACUCGGAGUUGAGGAAGACGACGACAGCCCCUUGCGAGAAAAGGCAAUUGUACCCAAUUUGCGUACAAGAGCAGCCAAAGGGAAGGGCAAAGAGAAAGCCGGCGCUGCUGCAUCCGGUCGGACGCGACAAGCACCAGGUGCCCUCGACAAGGAGAACAAUGACAAACGUGUGAAGGGGCGUGCGGGGCUUCCUGCUUCCUUGACCACUAGUAAAGCGGCGCCCACUGUCAAAGCUGUCCAAUCUACCUCGAAACCGCCUGCAGCUCCCGGACCCAAGUUAACGCUCAAGCAAGGUAUCAGCCGAGGCGGCGGUCCCCGUAGAGUUCCUGUUGGAAGUGCAGAAGCUGCACCGAUCGGACCUGGAUGGAAGGGCUGAGCGCUGAGUCUCUUACCUAUCUACUCUCCUUUCACUUGUCCACUCCCAUUCUCAUGUGUUGUUCAUUGCACUCCCUCCGAAGGAAACAUUGAUUAUUUUAUUCUCACGGUGCAAAGGUCUAGUCACUGUAUAGUAUAUUCACGCUGUG